AUGGCCUCACUCAGCGAAGCAAAUGCUAAAUUCUGCUUUGACCUUUUCAAAGAGGUCCAGAAAUCAAAAAGAAAUGAAAACAUCUUCUUCUCCCCUCUGAGCAUCUCUUCGGCCAUGGCCAUGGUCCUCCUGGGUGCUAGAGGCAACACGGCCAAACAGAUGGAAAAGGUGCUUCAUUUUGAUGAAGUUUCGAGUUCUUCUGGAGGAAGUACAAAGCAUGGUAGCUCUGAGUGUGAAGAAACUGGAGAAGUUCAUUCUCAGUUCCAGGCACUCUUAUCAGCAAUCAACAAGCCCAGCACCCAUUUUUCUCUAAGCGUUGCUAACAGGCUGUACGGAGCAAAGGGUUUUCACUUCCUUGAGCAAUACUUGAAGUGCACAGAGACACUGUACCAUGCUGAGCUGGAAACUGUUGACUUUAGCAAUGCUCUAAAAGAAACCAGAAAAAAAAUUAACACCUGGGUGGAAGAACAGACCAGUGGUAAGUCCAGGAAAUAUUGGGUGCUUGGAUGAAUACAUACAUAUGAGA